GGCGAGUGUUGAUUGGGCGGGUUGUAGCGACGGAAGCGGAAGUACCGUUGGCGCAGGCGCGGAGAGAGCCCGGGCUGAGGGAGGGAGGCGCCCGGCCGAGGGGAGCCAUGGAGCUGAGGGGGGAACUGCCGAAUAGAAUGAGCCAUGGAGACUUGAACCCUGCAGCAGUCCCACAUGCCGCUGAGGAUAUUCAGGGUGAUGACAGAUGGAUGUCGCAGCACAAUAGAUUUGUCUUGGACUGCAAAGACAAGGAACCUGAUGUGCUCUUCGUGGGUGAUUCCAUGGUGCAGUUGCUACAGCAAUAUGAGAUAUGGCGAGAGCUCUUCUCACCACUUCAUGCAUUGAAUUUUGGGAUUGGUGGAGACACCACUGGACACGUUCUGUGGAGACUGAAGAAUGGUGAACUGGAGAACAUUAAACCGAAGGUCAUUGUUGUUUGGGUUGGAACAAAUAAUUACGAAAACACAGCAGAAGAAGUAGCAGGCGGGAUUGAGGCUAUCGUGCGCCUGAUAAAUACCCAGCAGCCACAGGCCAAAGUUAUUGUACUGGGCCUGCUACCUCGUGGAGAGAAGCCAAACCCUCUGCGGCAGAAGAAUGCCAAGGUGAACCAUCUGCUAAAAGCCUCACUCCCCAAACUACCCAAUGUCCAGCUCCUGGAUGUAGAUGCCGGCUUCGUGCACUCAGAUGGCACCAUCUCAUACCACGAUAUGUUUGAUUUCCUGCACCUGACAGGAGGGGCCUAUGCAAAGAUCUGUAAACCCCUCCAUGAACUGAUUAUGCAGCUGCUGGAGGAGACCCCAGAGGAGAAACGAGCUGCCCUGGCCUGAUUAGCUGAUGUCAGUGUUAACAUCAUCCAACCCAUCAGAUCAAUUCUGUCACUGGCACUACAGAAUCCUUCUUUCUUAAAGCACUUUCCAUUGUAGAAUGUUACGGAUGUUCAUAUCUAGUGUUUUGAGGGGGAAGGCUGAUGUUUAACUGGUCUUGUACAGAUGAGGGCCGGCUUGGUUGGUUUUAUUGCAGGAGGAAAUUAGCUGAGGAAGAGUUUUACUUUUAAACCAUUCCCCUCAUUUAAAAUGAGAACAGGACUGUCACUCUGUGCCCCUCUCACCUCUUGUUGCUCUGUGGUUGUCCUAGAUCCUUUUUAGCCUGUCUCUGACAGCCCCAUACACAGCUCCUGGCCCACCCUUCCUGGCUGUAGGGGUUGUGCUCUGUGUAUUAGCCUGUGAACAAGCAUUGCCUUUCACUUGCUAAUAACAGAACAGAUGCAUUAUCUCCGAGCUCAGUCCCACCUUUUAAAGGUUUCUGGUUGCUUUUUUCUUUUUCUGGGGUUUUAAGUGACACCUAUUGCUUCUCACUCCAUAUUUCUGAAGCAGCAUGAAACUGGAAUUCAGAAAUGUAAGGGAACAAAGCGUUAACUGAAUUUCUGUAAUGCUCCCAGGUGCUUGUUCUUGUGCUCAUCUCACCAUGCCUAGGAACCAGGGCACUCUUCAUUCCAGGUAGCUUUCCCUGUGGGCAGUCCCAUCGGGUGCUCCUGAUGGCUGUCCUGUUCUCUGCACCUGUCUGUGUACGGCAUUGCUGGCUUUUUAACAGUCAUUCAGUUUAGGGUUUUAAUGACCCUGUUAGUAUCACACAAGGCAGUCACUUGCUCACUACUAUGGAACUGACAUUUCAUUCCUUUGGGAUGCCUGUGCUCCAGGGCUCUUUUCAGUACUGUUCAUUGUUCUUUUUUUCUUUACUUUUUUGUAUGACUGUUACACCCUUUUUUCCUAAAGAAAUCCCACAUGAGUAGCCCCUCGUUGGUUUUUUUUUCAAGGCAUAAAACAGCCUGAAGCUUUACAGAUUCAAAGGUGUAUAUUUCUUUAUUGCUUCUGUUUUACUUGUAUAAACAUUUUAUUCAAGCAACUGCAGCCUCUUACAGUAAGAAGUGGAGGUGUGGCCUUUUGCUGCUCACCUCCAGCCAAGGAAGCCAGUGCAGCAGUGCUGUCUUACAGGGGAUGCAAGUAGGUGGGAUUUCUGUUUUGGUUUUGUUUUUUAUGAGCUGGUUGUAGCCUACUAACGGUAACAUGAAAAUAGCCUUUCAUCUACCAUGAAAGCUUCUCUUCAUUCAGAAAGAAAAACCAUUUUUGGACCCUAAAUACAGAGCUCUAGGGGAAUAGAUAAAAUACACUUGCAAAUAAAAGAAUUUUAAAUGAAGUCUGUUCUUCCUUGGCUUACCUACCAGAGCUGGAGCUUACAGCACUGUGCAAACACUGCAGUGGUAGCUGAUGGAGAGCUGCCAGCACAGAUCUCUGCACUUCUUUCAGUGUAUGAGGAAUCUGCAGCCUCACGUGCUCAUCUCGGCAGGUAAAUUGGAGAGGAACCGAUAGCUUUUUAGCAGGCACUUCAUACUCUGUUCUUAAGGAGGGGUGUUUAGGUGUCCAGGUUGCUUGCUGUGCCCUUCUGCAAUGAAAGUACGUAGGUACUGUAUAUAGUCUGUUUGCCCUUUUUUAUAAUAAAGGGUGCUGGUGUUUAAUGCAGUCUAUAAUCUAGCAUUGAGGAAUACUUUUACGUCCCCACUACAUUCCCCUGUUCCUGUAGAGUUGAUCAUAGCAGGAUUUCUGCCUGGAUUGCAUGCAUAGUUUGUGUUUUGUUUCCAGUAUAUGUGAUCUACACACAGAUGAAGGAAGGAUGAAGCUUUCCACUUCCCAGAAACACAUACCAGAGUGCUGUAGUAGAGAAGGGAUGGUCGUCUUACCCCACAAAGCAGGCUAAGCAUGGUGCUGCUCCACAGGCCUGUGUGCUCUGCAGCCCUGCUGCCUUGUACAGGGGGCUUUAAGCUGGUAUGAUUCACACUUCUGGUUUGAUGCUCGCUGGAGAAGUUGGUAUAAGAAAGUGUAAAAUGUUAAAAUAUAAGCAGCAAUGGAGGAUUCUUGGGGAAAAGGUUUAUUAAUCCCUCUCCCCCUCCUUAGGGAGUGGGGUUAAAACACAUUCUGCUCCCUGUGAGCUCUUCAGCUUUUAUGCCAAGGCAGCGUGGUAGCUGAACCUAUGCAUCCCUGCUUGGCUCCCUGCUGUCACAGCAUUGAAGAGACGCUGGUUGGGAAUGUGUUCUCCAAUAAAAAAGCUGUAACUUCUUACCUAAGCACGCUUAUAACUGGGGCUGUGGCCUGCCCUGAGUCAGCUGCUCUUGGUGGGGCAAUGCAGUGUGAGAGAGGUUUAGCAGGUUCAUGACUGCAGUGUGACUGAGGAUGGCUCUGCUGGCUCUGCUUAAGCUUGGUGUGCUAAGGUGCCACGUUCUGUGCUUGCUUCAGUGUUCACAACCCUCUGCUACCUUAAUCGUUGCUGGUAUGACUGAUGGACAAAGAAAGGAAGGGCAGCUUUGUGUCUGAGACUUCAGCUCUGUUUGUAAUAAACUGUCCUGCUUCAAAUGGAGGGGUUUUUGUGUGAGGGCAGGGAGGGAUCGUUCCCCUUCACUGAGCAGACACCAAAACUGAGAGCUUCCCUAUGAGAAGUGCAGGAAAGCUUCAGGGUGACCCAUGUCCCCUGGGAUCGGGGCUGUGAACUGUGUCAUUGUUAAUGGUCGGCUGUGAAAGAACUGGCCCUGUCGAGGCCUUUUCCUUCUGUAAACAACCUCGCUGUGUUACUCAGUUCUAUGCUGAAGCCCUGCUGUCCUGUCUGUGCUGUGAGUGUCGCCGAGCUUCGUAUUUAUUGCAGCAAAGAAGAAAAGCUGUGGAAGGACAGCAGGAGUCUCAUAACUUAUCAGUGGGAGGAGGAGGGGGAAGGAGGCAGAGCACUCCAUGCAUGUGAUGGGGACCUGCCUGUGUAUGUGAAUCACCCAUCACUGCUCGACUUGAACCUUCCCAGGAAGAAAUUGUGAUUCUGCUUUGGCAAAAAAAGAAGCAUCAGCUGGUAGAACUCACUCUGUUUAAUGCAUAUAGAGAUAUAAAUGUCAAUGUUUCACCCCAACGUGUUGCUGUUUGUGUGUGUGUGUGUGUGUCUUCCGUCCCCCCUGUGCUGGUUGCUUGUUUUAUUCCUGCUGUGGGAAGUGCUGCUGUGGGAAGCACUCAGGGUGGGGAGAGCAGGGAGCUUCCAAACCGAAUUCACAGCGUUCCCUUCCUGGGUGUUUAAAAUCAGACUCAUCUGGAUCCUCACUGCUUGUUUAUCUGUCCUUAUUUCCAGCCUGGUUGGGUUCCUUUGCUUUAUUCCCUUUAACCUGAAAACAAUGCCAAAGCUCUCAGCAAUGUUCUGCGGGUGAAGGUAAAAACUGACUUUUUGGCCCCAGAUGAGAUUUUGAAGCUCUUAUUUUUGAUAGCCUUGAAAUGCGUAGGGAAUGCACCGCCACAAAAUCAACCUUAGAGUCGUUCCAGUGGAAGCAAUAUUUGCAUCUCAAUAGGAGCUGGGGAGUUCGCUGCGUUCUGCUCCUGGCUCCUCACUGAUUUCUGUCUGUCCCCAAGUAAAUCGCUCCACCCAUCGGCAGCAGCAGCACCCAUCAGCUGGAAGCACCGCGCACACUGCCUGAAAAGUGCUUUGAGAUCCUCAGCGAGAGGACCCAGAGAAAUAAAGUGCACAGUAGCAGCAA